CCCCCCUCUCUUUUCAUAUUGUGCUACGAUCUUUCUCUUUCUAACAAAGCUGUUUUUAAGGGAUUCUUGGGGUCUGCUUUUACCACUCUCUAAAUUUUAAAAACUGAGAAGCCUAAGGUCUAACUUUACAACUCUCUGAGGUUCCACCAUUAAUUAAGUCUUUCAGGUUGGUCGUUAGAAAAUGGCGUCUUCAAAAGGUGAAGCUACAACAGCAAAACCAAGCCGUGUUCCUAUGGCUCGACCAGGGUUUGGAUCAAAAGGGCAAAAGAUUCGUCUACUCACCAACCAUUUUAAAGUAGGGAUGACCAACUCUGAUGGAUACUUCUUCCAUUAUAGUGUUGCUCUAAAUUAUGAAGAUGGAAAUCCUGUAGAGGCAAAAGGCAUAGGACGAAAAAUUCUGGACAAGGUGCAACAAACGUAUGCAUUGGAGCUAGCCGGCAAAGAUUUUGCCUAUGAUGGUGAGAAGAGCCUGUUUACAAUUGGUGCACUACCUCACAACAAACUUGAGUUUACUGUUGUGUUGGAGGAUCUCUCUUCUUCUUCUAGAAGCACUACUCAAGGUGGAAGUCUUGAAGGGAGCCCUAGUGAGGCUGAUAAAAAGAGGUCAAAGAGGCAGCCACGGUCCAAGGCAUAUAAAGUGGUAAUUAAGUAUGCUGCAAAAAUACCGAUGCAAGCAAUAACAAAUGCACUCCGGGGACAAGACUCCGAACAGUAUCAAGAGACAGUGAGAGUUCUUGACAUAGUUUUGAGGCAGCAUGCUGCCAAACGGGGCUGCCUGAUUGUGCGACAAUCUUUUUUUCAUGAUGAGCCAAGAAACUUCACUGAGCUUGGUGGAGGAGUUUUAGGAUGCAGGGGUUUCCAUUCAAGUUUCCGGGCCACUCAGGGAGGCCUAUCAUUGAACAUGGAUGCAUCAACAACAAUGAUUGUGCAGCCAGGGCCAGUGGUAGACUUCCUUCUGGCAAAUCAAAAUGCAAGAGAUCCUUACCAGAUUGACUGGACCAAGGCCAAGAAGAUGCUCAAGAAUCUGAGGAUCAAGGCCAGCCCCUCAAAUAGGGAAUACAAAAUCACCGGCCUCACUGAAAAGCCUUGCAAAGAGCAGACUUUCACAUUGAAGCAGAAAAGUGGAAAUGGUAUGGCUGGGGAAGAGAAAGAGGUUGAGCUGACUGUUUAUGAAUAUUUCACUCAUCAUCGCCAUAUUCCUUUGAAUUAUUCUGGAGAUUUUCCUUGCAUAAACGUUGGGAAACCCAAACAUCCAACUUUUAUUCCUCUUGAGCUUUGCCACCUGGUGUCUCUGCAACGCUAUACCAAGGCGCUGUCCAAUCUACAAAGGGCUUCCCUGGUAGAAAAAUCCCGACAGAAGCCCCAAGAAAGAAUGAGAACAUUGGGUGAUGCUCUAAAGACCAGCAACUAUAAGGCUGACCCUCUUCUUGGAUCUGCUGGAAUUUCGAUCAGUGAUCAGUUUACUCAAGUUGAAGGUCGUAUCUUGCCAACUCCAAAGUUGAAGGUAGGCAGAGAUCAAGACUUGUUUCCUAGAAACGGAAGGUGGAAUUUUAACCAGAAGCAAUUGGUUGAACUGAGCAAACUUGAGCGUUGGGCAGUUGUGAACUUCUCUGCCCGUUGUGAUGUCCGUAAGCUUUGUAUGGAUCUACAAAGGUGUGGGCAACAAAAAGGAAUUUCCAUCAGCAAACCAUUUGAUCAUAUCUUUGAGGAGAAUCCACAGUUCAGACGCAAUCCUGCUCCUGUGAGAGUUGAGAAGAUGCUAGAAGCUGUGAAAUCAAAACUUCCAUCUCCGCCUCAGUUCCUUCUCUGCAUACUUCCAGAGAGGAAGAAUUCCGACCUUUAUGGCCCCUGGAAGAGAAGGAAUUUAUCCGAUCUUGGAAUUGUCACACAAUGCAUUGCUCCUACAAAGAUCAAUGAUCAGUACCUUACCAAUGUGCUCUUGAAAAUCAAUGCUAAGCUGGGUGGUAUGAAUUCCUUUUUAGCUAUGGAGCUUUCCCCUGUACUACCUCAGAUUUCAAAAGUUCCCACAAUUAUUAUUGGAAUGGAUGUCUCUCAUGGCUCACCUGGACGAGCAGAUGUUCCAUCCAUUGCAGCGGUGGUCAGUUCUAGACAAUGGCCCCUUAUUUCGCGCUAUCGAGCAGCUGUUCGUACUCAGUCGCCAAAGCUGGAAAUGAUAGACUCUCUGUACAAAAAAGUAUCAGAUACUCAAGAUGAUGGCCUUAUCAGGGAGCUGCUGGUGGACUUCUACUCAAGUUCUAACAAAGUGAAACCUGAGCAUAUCAUAAUUUUCAGAGACGGAGUGAGUGAGUCCCAGUUCAACCAAGUGAUAAACACUGAGCUCGAUCAGAUUAUCGAGGCCUGCAAUCAUUUGGAUGAGAAUUGGUUUCCAAAGUUCACAGUCGUUGUUGCACAAAAGAAUCACCACACAAAGUUUUUCCAGACCAACUCACCUGAUAAUGUUCUUCCUGGGACUGUGAUCGACAAUGCAAUUUGCCAUCCUAAGAACAACGACUUCUACAUGUGUGCUCAUGCUGGGCCGAUUGGAACAACACGGCCGACUCACUACCAUGUCCUGCAUGAUGAAAUUGGAUUUUCAGCUGAUGACAUGCAAGAGUUGGUCCAUUCACUAUCAUAUGUGUAUCAGAGAAGUACUACAGCCAUCUCUGUUGUUGCACCUAUAUGUUAUGCCCACUUGGCAGCAGCACAGAUGUCACAGUUUAUCAAGUUUGAUGAACUGUCAGAGACAUCGUCGAGCCACGGUGGAGUUACAGCAGUUGGUGGUGCUCCAGUUCCCGCAUUGCCUCGGCUUCACAGGAAUGUGCGGAGUUCCAUGUUCUUCUGCUAAGUCUUACAUUUGGAGAAAAAAUAAACUAAGCAAACUUUUAGUUCUGUAAUAUUAAAUAUUAGAACUGGUUAUAUGAUGGGAUGAAUGCCAGAAAUCAGUAAAUUAACUAUGUCGUGCUCUGUCUCCCUCUAAGCCACUGCGUUGGCUUUGUUUGUAUAUCUGAUUGACAAGGGAGAAGUUUUAGGGAACUUUAGUUUUGCUGUUUAAGCCUUUAGGUAAAACAUUCGUCUAUAUGAGAGGGUUAACUUAGUUGCGUCUUC